AUGUCUGGGCUGACAGAAAGUUAUUUGUUGGAACUGAGAGCAUUUUUGGAACGACUUUCACUAGGCGAGAAAAUUGUAUCAAUUUUCCUCGCUAUAUUCAUAAUUCUGGGAAAUGGUUUGGUGUUGAUUGCGACCUGGAGAGAAAGAAGUCUUCAUCAGCCAAAUAAAUAUUUCAUCGCUUGUUUGGCUGUCGCUGAUCUUUUGGUUGGUUUGUUUUUAGCACCACUGAAGGUGUAUCUACUCGAUUUCAAUAUCGAAGCUUUAUUUUCAAUCCCUUAUUAUCUCUGUCGUUUUAUGAUGUGGAUAGACACCUUCGCCUUAGUAUCAUCUGUUUAUACACUGACAUUCAUCAGUUGUGACAGAUAUCUUAAAAUCAGCAAACCACUUCAGUACAAAUCACGAAUGACAACUUCCAGAUCACUUAAAGUUAUUUUCGUCAUCGUUCUCAUUUCCAUUACGCUUGCCACUUACUCCGCCACUCCCGACUCAGGGGCCGAUGGAAUUCUAACGAAACUAUUUUACCUUUGUUUAUUAAUAAUUGGGAUUCUUCUGCCCACAACUAUUAUAUUGAUUAUGUACGCUCUCGUUUUUCGUGUUGCUCACGAACGAAACAAAAUGCUCGCGAAUGGUGAACUGGAUCAAACAAUUAACCAACGGACUGCAUUACGUCGAGAUAUGAAAGUGAUUAGAAUGCUGUUGGUUGUCAUUGGAGUUUUCAUAUUUUGCUGGGGUCCUUUGUUUACCUGGACAUGGCUGCUUAUUUACCAUCCAAAUUUAAUUAUUAUCAAUAGCGAUUCAUUAAGCCGGGCGUAUCGGAUGCUCCUAUUUAAAUCCAUAGUUUUCACACUUCCAUUUGUUAACAGCCUCUGCAAUCCAAUAAUUUAUGCCUGUCUUGACCAAACGUACAGAGAAGCUUUCAAACGUCUGUUUCAACGAAUGAUGUGUCAACGAGACCAAAGAAGACAACAACCACCAAUAGAGUUGAGAUAA